CCCGCAAGGUAUAAGAACAGGUUGGAAGACUCCGUAUCAGAUGUGCAAACAGAUUAACUUGAAACUUACCGGUUCCCAGCUUAACUGGGACCAGUAUCUAUUUAAACAUGCGUCUCCUACAUUAUGCCCUAUCCAUUGUUCCUCUUUGCGCCCCCGGAGUCCUUGCAGAGCUUCUGGGUCCAAGCUAUCCGGCCCCUCGCGACCUCACUAGUGACUCCAGUCGCGUUGCCGCGAGCUGGAAGAAGCUUCACGCUACGCUCAAAGCAAGCCUUAAUCCGCGAAAUGGCACCAGGGACAGUGAGGUAGCCCAACUGAAAGACCUGACCUUCUCCGCCGGCAUGUUCUCGAUCCAUGACCCAGCAGCCCACCAACUACAGAUUCACCAUACCAGCGCUGAAGUUGCCAAUUCCUCACUGGGAGUUAACAAAGUAGAUGGAGAUAGUAUUUAUCGCAUGGCGAGUGUCUCGAAACUCUUUACUGUGUUCGCGGGUUUGCUCGAAUUGGACAGCAAAGACUGGGACCGUCCGCUCACAGAUAUCUUGCCUGAGAUGGCAGACUUCAUCCGUGAGAAGUCUGGGGAUCUUCAACCUGUAUAUGACACGCAGUGGGAUAAAAUCACGCUCAGUGCAAUUGCAGGGCAAAUGGGCGGCAUCCCACGUGGGGGUGAGGAGGAGCUGUUGGCUUCGUAUGCCUUGGCCAGGGCUCAAGGGUCAAAUGAUACGGCGGAGACGAACCCCACCGUUUUGGGCCUCCCCCCACUGAACGAAAGCGAUCCAGAUCUUUGGCCAGCUUGCUGGGGUGAUAACCGGCCUUUCUGUGAUGAGGUACCCCUCGCGAAGGCAGAGGCGGACAAAGCUCCUGUCUUCCUUCCCUGGAGCAGCCCGCAAUACGCCAACAAUGGGUAUAUGUUGCUUGGUCUCGCCAUUGAGAACCUAACAGGGAAGACCAUCGAUCAAGUCUGGCAGGAGAGCAUAUUCGAUCCCCUGGAGAUGACCUCGUCUCUCUCUAACCCCCCAGCAGAGAACGACUCGAACCGCCCGCGCUCGGUUAUCGCUGGACCCAUCGAAGCUUUUGCGAUCAACGCUGGCUUUACAAGACCUUCCGGUGGACUACUAUCCACAAUCAAUGACCUUGCCAAGUUCGGCGUCGCCAUCCUGAACUCUACUCUCCUGCCCGCAGACCAGACCCGCAAGUGGAUCAAGCCCGGCACACAUACCGCAGAUCUCCGAUACUCGGUUGGCAAGCCAUGGGAGAUCUACCGCUACGUCCAUCCGGGCUCGGGAGUCGUGACAGAUAUUUACACGAAGCUUGGGGAUGCAGGCUUCUCCGGCGGUAUUUUUGUAGUCUUGCCAGACUUUGACGCGGGGUUCAGCGUCCUGGCCACGAGCUCUCUACCCACUCGAAGUGAGUCCAUGAUGCUCCUGAUUGAUUUGAUCAUCGACUCUGUUCUCCCUGCCCUGUUGGACCAGGCCGCCUUGGAAGCUCAACGAAAUUACGUCGGCACGUACAGGUCUUCCGUCGCUGGACUGAACUCAUCUUUGACCUUGUCGCUGAGCCCGCCCACGCGCUCCUCCCCCGGUCUGGUGGUCUCCUCAUGGAUCAGCAACGGUACCGACAUGACCUUAUUGUUGCAGGCAAUCCUCGGUGGGAAGGACACGAGAUUGGUCCCAACCAUUCAAUCAGCUGGCCAUGUAGCGUUUCACCCUUACACCCCGACAGUGGAAAAGAAGGUCGGAUCGCCGCAGAGACUCGUGUCGAGAUUAUACGACGUCAAUGAUCUGUACCUUAUAGACCCCACGAAUUAUGGCGGUAAGAGCCUGUCACUGCUUGUGGUUGACGUCAACGAGGAUGGCCGGGCGACGGCAGUGAACCCAGCAGCCUUCCGGGUCAAACUGGACAGACAGUGAAGGGGUGUAUAUGUGAGAAGAACCUGAAUAAGAUCACACAAAGGGAGAACAGGAAGGGGGCGGUAAUAGAAUGCGUAAGAG